UUCCCCCGGCGAGGGAGGAAGGCCCCCGGCGGCCCCGAGGCUGCGAGCCGCGGCGGGACCCGAGCGUACGCAGGGUCGCGGCGGUGGCGGGGGUAGCCGGGCUACGGAGGCGGCAGUCAAGAGCGUGGAGCGCCCAGCGCUAGGGCCCAUCCGCGUGCAGGCACCCCAGGGCACAGCCAGCUCGGCCCUGGGCCGGGGGGCCCGGCGCCCGCAGCCCCCCACGCCCGGAGAGGGAUGCGGUGCGCCCUGAGAGCCCGGUAGCCUCGCAUCGCGGCGCUGUAGACUCGAUGAUGGAUGAGCCGUGGUGGGAAGGGCGUGUCGCCUCGGACGUCCACUGCACCCUGCGCGAGAAGGAGCUGAAGCUGCCCACCUUCCGAGCCCACUCCCCGCUCCUGAAGAGCCGCCGGUUCUUUGUCGACAUCUUAACCCUGCUGAGCAGCCACUGCCAGCUCUGCCCCGCCGCCCGGCACCUGGCCGUCUACCUGCUGGACCACUUCCUGGAUCGCUAUAACAUCACCACCUCCAAGCAGCUCUACGCCGUGGCAGUCUCCUGCCUUCUGCUCGCAAGUACGUGGAACCCACUUCCUUCCCCGUGCCGUUUCCUCCCACUUGGUAAGUUCGAGGACAGGGAAGACCACGUCCCCAAGCUGGAGCAGAUAAACAGCACGAGGAUCCUGAGCAGCCAGAACUUCUCCCUUACCAAGAAGGAGCUGUUGAGCACGGAGCUGCUGCUGCUGGAGGCCUUCAGCUGGAACCUCUGCCUGCCCACGCCCGCCCACUUCCUCGACUACUACCUCCUGGCCUCCGUCAGCCAGAAGGACCACCACUGCCACAGCUGGCCCACCACCUGCCCCCGCAAGACCAAAGAGUGCCUCAAGGAGUACGCCCACUACUUCCUAGAGGUCACCCUGCAAGAUCAUAUUUUCUACAAAUUCCAGCCUUCUGUGGUGGCCGCAGCCUGCGUUGGGGCCUCUAGGAUUUGCCUUCAGCUUUCUCCCUACUGGACCAGAGAUCUGCAGAGGAUCUCAAACUACUCCCUGGAACAUCUCAGCACAUGCAUCGAAAUUCUGCUGGUAGCUUACGACAACAUCCUCAAGGAUGCCGUCGCGGUCAAGAGCCAGGCCUUGGCGAUGGUGCCCGGCACGCCCCCAGCCCCCACCCAGGUGCUGUUCCAGCCACCCGCCUACCCCGGCCUCGGCCAGCCGACAGCGAUGGCCCUGGCCCAGUUCCAGACCCCCGUGCAGGACCUGUGCGUGGCCUAUCGGGACUCGCUGCAGGCCCACCACCCGGGGACCCUGCUCUCAGGGGGCAGCGGCUCAUCCCUCCAUGCCCUGUACCCCACCCUCCAGCCCCUGGACGUGUGUCCCGUGCCGCUGCCCGCGUCCCUCAGCAUGCACAUGGCCAUUGCAGCUGAGCCCAGACACUGCCUCGCCGCCACCUACGGGAGCAGCUACUUCAGCGGGAGCCACGCGUUCCCUGCGGGCUGUUUUGACAGAUAGGGCACCUUUAGCCACGCAGGGAGGCCUUGGAGAUCUGGGCAGAGGAAGAGGGCGCUGACGAAGGGAGCUCAGCCCAGUGAGGCGCCUGGGAGGCUGUCCCCGCAGAGCCUCAGGACCCUUGAACGGAGAGGGUACAUGCUCUUUUUAAAUAAAACCGACCCAGGGCAAAACAGGCAGUGACAUACCUCACGCAAGAGCAUUGCUCUGGAAAACGUCUUCCACGUGUGGCUGGGAUGCAAGGGGACGGCUCGGUGGCCACCCCCUGGAGAGGGGCCCAGCAGGUCGAGAAAGACCUGGGAAGAGGCCAGGAGACUGGGGACUGGAUGCAGACCAGCAGUUCACGAGCACGUCCAGGUUUUAGCAUCAAAGACUCCUUUAUUCUUUGCCGAUGGCAGCUACACCACUGAAAAGGGGGCAGCCUGAUGUGUCUCCAGACCCCCGGUAGAUGCUAUCUGGGGUGCUUUUCUUCCCCUGGCUCCAUCCACAGGGGCCUGUGUGUGUGUUCAUGCCCGAGCGUCUGCCUUCCGAGGCACAGUGGGCAGCUGUCUUGUUGCUUUGUUGUGGAACCUAAAACCCUCUUCAGCCUUCUAGAUAUUUCACAUGCUGCUGCUUCCCGAAGUGACCUAGCUUUCUGUUCAGUAAGAUGUCUUGUUUACAUGCUGUAUCAGGGAUUUUGUGAUACUUGAAAAGUCCUUAGGAGAAAAAUGAUGGUGAUCGCCACACUGCCUGUCCCACGCGAGGGCUGUAGGUUUUUAACCCGGCUUGGGGCAGACCUGUGGUAAACCACAGAGCUCCCUUUGCAAAAGCGUAUGGUUGGGGAGAACCACUUUCCAGGCUUCUCGGUUCCGGAAGAUUCCACGUCUUGGAUGCUCUGUUCACCUGUAGAACUUCGAUAACCACCCAGAGGAGAAAGGUUGUUGAAAAGUAGACAAAGAUUUAAACCCAGCACCGCUCACCUCCUUCCACCGCAUGCAUCUCCUGCUUGAGGUUAAACCCAGCCUCAGCCUCAAGUUUGGCUCAGAGCAGAGGCUCAUAAUGUGGGAUGUACGCCUGAUGCCAACUGGCUUUGGGGAUUUGGGGGCGUGCAAGGUCUGUUACACGACUGACAGCCAGUGACAGGAUGGAUCAAAAGCCAGUGUUUGGGUCUCUGCAGUGAGAGGGCUCUCAGGAAGACUCUUGGAAGCAUGUGCAAUAUGUUUUUAUUCUGACUCAUGGCUUGUGCUCAGCGUGUUUUAUUUUUUGGUUGGUUUAGGGUCAGAGGUCACAUUAUUCACCCCCUAGGACUGGGAGGUGCAGAGAACCACGAAAGCGGUUUUGGGUUUGUUUUUUUUUUUUGAGCAGAACCCAUCUUAGUUCUCUUGACUUGGUUGCCAGUCUAGGAGACUGGCAGGGGGACUGCCAGGAGUCGAAUCUGAAGGCGGUUUUCAGAGCAGAUGGGAGCCUCAGCAUGGAAGCUGAGUAAAGAAGCGCCUGGACGCGGGCGGCGCGGGGCCACUUUGUCACACCAGCAUAGAUAGGAAAGUGCACAUUCAUUUGUUGUUUUCUCUUUUUCUUUUGCCAACCUCCUUCUAUUUAUGUGCAACUGGUUUGGAUUCCAAGUUACUGUGUUUGUCUUGUCUGGGGCUGGGCACUUGGGAGGGUCCAUCCGUCCGUGUCGUCACCCCCCCAGUAGAACCUCACAGCCAGCCCAGCCCCUAAAAAAAGUGGUCCUGCAAUAAACACAUCACCUGCUCGUGGCCUCUCUCUGGGUUCUCUUCCUGGCCUUCUCUCAGCCAGCCCUUCCUCCCUCUCCCACG